AUGUCAAAAUUGACAUCAGAUUUAGAUUCAAGCAGGAUUCAGAUUAAAAAUAGAACUGAAGUCACUAUGUUUAUAUUGAAGGGCUUCACAGAUGAUUUUAAUGUGCAGAUAUUCCUAUUUUUACUUUUUCUAGCAAUCUAUCUUUUUACACUGGUAGCAAAUUUAGAACUGGUUUUAUUGGUCAUCAUGGAUUCUCAUAUCCACAACUCUGUGUACUAUUUUCUGAGUGUGUUAUUCUUGGAGGCCUGCUAUUCCUCAGUCGUCACUCCAAAAAAGUUGGUCAAUUUCCUAUCAGAGAAUAAAACCAUUUCCUGUCUUGGAUGUGCAGCACAGACGUUUUUCUUUGUUACUUUUGGGACCACAAAAUGCUUUCUCUUGGCUGCAAUGGCCUAUGAUCACUAUGUAGCCAUCUACAACCCUCUCCUGUAUUCAGUUAGCAUGCCACCCAGAGUCUAUGUGUCCCUCAUCAUUGCUUCCUAUGUUGGUGGCAACUUGCAUGCUUCUGUACACACAGUGACCACAUUUAGCCUAUCCUUCUGUGCAUCCAAUGAAAUUAGAUAUGUCUUUUGUGACAUCCCUCCUCUCCUCGCUAUUUCUUGCUCUGACACUCACAUAAACCAGCUUCUACUCUUCUACUUUGUGGGCUCUGUUGAGACAGUCACUAUCCUGAUUGUCCUGAUCUCCUAUGGCUUCAUUGUGUUGGCCAUCCUGAGGAUGCAUUCUGCUGAAGGAAGAAGGAAAGUCUUUUCUACAUGUGGCUCUCACCUAACUGGAGUAUCAAUUUACCACAGAAUCAUCCUCUUCAUGUAUGUGAGACCAAGUUCCAGCUAUGCUUUGGACCAUGAUAUGAUUGUGUCCAUAUUUUACACCAUUGUGAUUCCCAUGCUGAACCCCAUCAUCUAUAGUUUAAGGAACAAAGAUGUCAAAGAGGCAAUGAAGAGACUUAUUGUGCAGAGCUACCUGUUCAAUAGACUCAUCUUAUAUUCUUUUUCCUGUCAAUUAUCCUGUUCCACUAGUUUCCAUUCCAGAGCAGUGGUUACCAGCACAGCAGACAGUAUUUUGGAGACUAUUCACCUUUUUUGA